ACCGCCCUCCAGGCCCUUCCGGGAUCCUGGCCCUCGGACUCCCUGGGGACCUGGGAAGGAGCGCGGGCCGUGAGGUCUGCCGCCCCCAGCCCCUAGCCUGUCGAGGCAGAACCGACCAGCCCCCCCCCCCACUUCCGCGAAGGGGCAGGGGCGGGGUCACGAAAUAGGCCUUUUGCCCGGGGGCGGGGCUUUUCCUAAGGGGCAAGGCCAAGGCAUCCGGAAUUGGGACUGGCAGGGGACAGGGCAGAGGGUUAUUAAGGCUGUGGCGGGAGGAUGCCCAGGGUAUUGGGGUCAGGGUGGCAUUAGCCCAGCUCAAGCCGGGCUGGGCUGACGCAGCAUCCUGCCGCGGCCAACCCCCGUCCCUGACAGCUCUGCUGUCCCUUGGGCAGAGAUGGGAGAUGGCGCCGGUGCUGCCCCUGGCGCUGCCCCUCCAGCCCCGCAUCCGUCUGGCGCAGGGCCUCUGGCUCCUCUCCUGGCUGCUGGCGCUGGUCGGUGCCCUCACCCUCCUCUGUAGCGGGCACCUCCUGGUCCAGCUGUGGCACCUUGGCACCUUCUUGGCUCCCUCCUGCCCGGUCGCUGCCCUGCCCCAGGUUGCCUUGGCAGCCAGUGCAGUGGCUCUGGGCACAGGACUGGUGGGUUCAGGAGCCAGCAGGGCCAGUCUGGAUGCAGCUCAAUACCCUCCCUGGCGAGGGGUCCUGGGCCCGCUGCUGGUGGCUGGCACAGCUGGUGGCGGGGGGCUCCUGGUUCUUGCCCUGGGGCUAGCCCUGGCUUUACCUGGGACUCUGGACACAGGACUGGAGGAGGGCCUGGGGACUGCCUUGGCUAACUACAAGGACACAGAGGUCCCCGGACGCUGUCAAGCCAAACGGCUGUUGGAUGAGCUGCAGCUGAGGCACCACUGCUGCGGGCGCCAUGGGUACAAGGAUUGGUUUGGGAUCCAGUGGGUCAGCAACCGUUACCUGGAUCCCAAUGACCAGGACGUGGUUGACCGGAUCCAGAGCAAUGUGGAAGGCCUAUAUCUGAUUGAUGGGGUCCCUUUCUCCUGCUGUAAUCCCCACUCACCCAGACCUUGCCUGCAAAGCCAGCUCUCAGACCCCCAUGCCCACCCCCUCUUUGAUCCCCGACAGCCCAACCUAAACCUCUGGGCCCAAGGAUGCCAUGAGGUGCUGCUGGGGCACCUGCAGGGUCUGGCGAGCACACUGGGCAACAUGCUGGCUGUUACCUUCCUGCUGCAGACUCUGGUACUCUUGGGCCUGCGGUACCUGCAAACGGCACUGGAGGGGCUCGGAGGAGUCAUCGAUGGGGAGGGAGAGGCCCAGGGCUAUCUCUUUCCUGCUGGGCUGAAAGACAUGCUGAAAACAGCAUGGCUACAGGGAGGGGUGGCCCGCAGGCCAGCACCUGAGGAGGCCCCACCAGAAGACGAACCUCCCAAGGAGGGUCUACCUGAGGCCUAGUGGCCUGGAGC